UUGACUGUCAUCUCUAUCCGAUAACAGAAAACAUAUGUUCGACAACUUUAAUGGCAAUAAAUUAGAAAAUUGCCUUGUUAUUAGGCAACAAUUGCGCUCGAACCCGUUGAAGAGGAUGCUUAUCUUAUGAAUAUCCACUGGAGGCGUGACACUAUCUCAGGGAAGAGGAACGGAAAGCCAUGGCUUGCUACUACAGGCAGCACGAGGACUCUUCGGUGACAGUGCCGAAAUUCUGCAACGAAACAUCCGUCGGAGUGACCUACUAUGACAUAAAAGUGCGGGUGGGCCGGGUGGAAUGGCUGGUGGAGCGGCGCUACAAAGAUUUCGCCCAGCUCCACGACAAGCUAGUCGAGGAAGUGGCGAUUAGCAAGAAGCUGCUGCCGCCUAAAAAGCUCGUGGGGAACAAGCAGCCCGCUUUUUUGGAACAACGCCGCGAACAACUGGAGACCUACUUGCAGGAACUGCUCAUCUACUUCCGCACGGAGCUGCCCCGCGCAUUAGCCGAGUUCCUCGACUUCAACAAGUACGAUAUAAUCUAUCUACUGCAGGAUCUUGCCAAGCUUUUCCAUGAGAGCGGGGAUGCACUUCUCAGCUCCAAAAAAGAGUACAACCUUUCGGCCCUGGAGGUCUUCGCUAUAAGUGAACGUCUGAGUCUUCCAUGUCCACCCAGCCCGGGAAAAUAUGAUUUCUCGCAUGUGCUAGACUUCUGCACCCAACUAGUGUCGCUGGUGGUGACCCCAGUUAAAGAUAAUUCCAGCUUCACGCAGGACUACAACACAGUCGAUGUGCCUAUAGGACGGAGCAACAUUAUCCCCAAUAGACUUAAGUUUAAUUUGAACGCUUUUCGAAAUCUCAAGACGCUCCGAUUCUCGGCCCUGUCCACGGAGAACAUUGUGGACGUGGAGUUGCUCAAGCCGACGCUACAGACAAUCUGUGUGCACAACACAACCAUCCAGAAUAUCAACCAAGUGCUGCUCUGCGACAAUCUCCACAAGCACUGUGAUGUGCCAAGCCUGCUACCGGAGGAGAUAUCUUCAACUGCAUGUGGUGCGUCCGAGUCCAAUGGCUCCUUGGUCACUGCCGACGCUUGGCAGGAGCUCACCGAGUUGGACUUAACCGGCAAUCUGCUAACGCAAAUAGAUGGUAGUGUCAGGACGGCACCCAAGCUUCGUUAUCUGGUGCUCGAACAGAAUCGCAUUCGAAACGUCCAGAAUCUUUCAGAGCUUCCCCAUCUGCAGCUGCUCUCCCUGUCCGGCAAUCUCAUCAGCGAGUGCGUGGACUGGCACCUGACGAUGGGGAAUCUUGUUACCUUGAAGUUGGCUCAAAAUAAACUGAAGACUUUGAGUGGUUUGCGGAAGCUGCUGUCGUUGGUCAACCUGGACUUGAGCAGCAAUCAGAUCGAAGAGCUCGAUGAGGUUGAUCAUAUUGCCAAUCUUCCCCUGCUGGAGACACUGCGGCUUACUGGUAAUCCCCUGGCAGGAAGUGUAGACUACCGUCCCCGGGUUCUAGCGCGGUUUCAUGAACGCGCCGCGGAACUAUCAUUGGACAACGAACCGGGCACUCAGCUGGAGCUGGACACUGCUCUGGUUCUAUCUGCCCUGUUGAAGUCCAAGCAGCGGGCCAAACAGAAAUGAUUCUCGUCUCAAAAAGAAAUUUCUCGAUUCCAUCAUUUUAAAACUUUCCAUUUGGUAGUGGUUUCUAAAUUCUAAUUCCGUAAUAAUUGUAUAAGAAUGUUAAUUCAAAUAUUUAGUAAAUUAUUUUACGUGCUGCUCUGUCUAUAUUCUGUAA